CACCCACCCCUUUCCCCCUCCCCUUUCCCCCCAUCCUCCCUCUCCCCAGCACACAAUGUCUUCGCCCCCGCCACCUGGCCCCGGGGCUAUCUUCUCCCCGACGCAUCCCUUUGCCGCCGGGCCGGGCACCGGCGGGCCAGUCUUCUCGCCGGCGGGCCCCAUCGGCACCGUGACCCCGGUCACAACACACCCCUUCUCCACGGGGACCGGUGUCCAUGCACCGAGCAGCUUCGGCAUGCAUGGCCCGGGUGCCGGUCCGGCCGCGCACCAUGCCUCGACGCCUCAGCCGCACCCGGCCCAUGGGGCGCCCCCGACGCCGGUCGCGUCGCCUCCCUCGAGCACCGCGACGUCGGUCGCCACAAGCGGGGCUUCCUCGACGGCCGGGUCGCCGGGCAUCCUGGCACCCUCCGAGCCGCGGGCCGAGCUGUCGCUGCCGAAGCCGGCCGACCCGGGCCCCGGAGCGGUGCCCCCUCCCCCGCCGGCUCUGAUCCAAGCCUGCCAGGCCGGGGACAUCGACCUGGUGGAGGAGCUCCUGGCCACCGGGCGGGCACAUCCGGCCGACCGGAACCCGGAGGACGGCACCACCGCCCUGCACUGGGCCGCGCUCAAUGGCCACCGGCGGAUUUGCGAGCUGCUGGUGGCUCGCGGCGGCCCGGGCGUGGUCAAUGUCUCGGGCGGCAGUGCCGAAAUGACUCCCCUGCAUUGGGCCGUGCAGCGGGGCCACACGGACGUCGUGCAAUACCUGAUCGAGCAUGCGGGGGCCAAUCACCGGCUGACCGAUUUGAAGGGCUUCAAUGCCCUGCACAUGGCCGCGCAAUUUGGCCGGCCCAUGAUGCUGCUGCUGCUGCUGCGCUUUGGCCUGGCAUUGGAGUCGCGCGAUCACAACGGCCGCACGCCGCUCAUGUGGGCGGCCUAUGCGCCGGAUCCCACCGGGCCCAGCCGACUGGUGGCCACCUCGGCCCAGGACCAGCUCCACUGUUUGGUGGCCCUGCUGCGUCUCGGGGCCGAUGUCUAUGCCACCGAUGAGCAGGGAUACAGCGCCCUGCAUUGGGCGGUCACGCGCGGCCGGCAGAAUGCCUGCCGGGUUCUCCUCGAAGCCGGGGCCGAUCCCUUCUUGAAGACGGCCCGGCCGCCGAAGGCCGCCGCCGCUGCCGGAGCCGACCCGCUGCUCUUGCGCUCGGCCAUGGAGAUCGCCCGGGAGAAGGGCCACGUCGAUUGGUUCCAGAGCCUGACCUCGCGCUACACCUCGCGCCAUGUGCUGGCGGCCGCCAGCCCGGAGCGUUCCCCCUCGGCCCGGCCCAGCGGAAAGUCUCUGGCCCAGAGCAACAUCCACAUUGGCCAUGUGCUGCAGCCGCACCAUGCGCGCUACAUGUCGCCGGACAUGCUGAUGGUCUACUGCGUGCCGUAUGUCUUCCUCGGGGCGUGCUUCUACAUGUUCACUGCCACCUUCUGGCCGGUGGCCCUGUUGCUGUCCACCGUCCUGGGUUACCUCUUUUGGCUGUUGGUCAAGGGCCCGGCCACGCGUGUCGGUGGUCUCCACCGGACGCCGAUUUUGAUUUCGGUCUUCCAUGCGUCACUCGUUUAUGACUCCUUUGGCCUGCUGUUCAUGGCCAGCGACGAAUAUCCUCCCUACAUUCCGCUGUACAUCAUCACCACCUUGAUCGCCAUCACGGGCUUCAUCAUGUGUGUGAAGGUGUGGUUCUCGGACCCAGGCGUGGUGCCCUUCCACAAUAGCGUGUCGGACAUUCUCGCCGACAUUUCUCAGCUGGUUUCCGCGCGGCGCUUCGACCGGCAAAACUACUGCCUCACAUGCAUGGUGUCGCGGCCGCAGCGCUCGAAGCACGAUCGCGAGACAAACCGCUGUGUCGAGCGCUUCGACCACUACUGCCCGUGGGUGCAUAAUGUUGUCGGCCGGGACAACCACCGGCUUUUCCUCAUCUUCCUCUUCCUGAUCAGCAUCUCCAUGGUCCUUUAUGUCGUUUGUAUCUAUAAGGUUCUCUCCAACGCGCCCGAAGGCCUCUUCCUGCCGGAGCACACCCCCUCUGCCUGCCCUCUCGGGAGCCGGGCCUGUGCUGUGGUCAGCCGCAACGCCUUCCUCACGGUGACCGGCGUUUGGACGGGUGUCAACUCCCUCUGGGUUUUGUUGACCUUGGCCACUCAGUUGAAUGCCAUCCUGCGCGGGCUGACCGUCAACGAGGUGAUCAACUUCAGCCGGUACUCCUAUCUUCACCUGGAAGAGCCGGCCUCCGGAGGUGCCGGCCGCGCUGGUGCCAGCAGCAAGUCCGCUUGCGGGAGUGGCAGCGGGUCGGCCAGCGGCGGUCCCGGUGCCGACCAUCACUCGGCCCAGAAGUGCGGCUCGCCGGGCCACUCGCAUGGCGACCAUGGCGACCACUCGCAUGGUGACUCCCCGUGCGGGUCGAAGUCCAGCUCCUGGAACAACGCCCUCAAUCGAGGCAUCUUGCGGAACCUCAUCGGCUUUUUCAUGAUGUCCACAUACGAGACCUCACGCGAUGUGGAGCUCGGCAAGCUGGCGUGAGAGACGGAUGGGGCCGGAGGCCGGGGGCGUGGGGGAAGAUUGCUCCC